GGAGGGGAAGGUGACGCUGCUGCAGGCAGCUGGGCUCGCGUGUGCCCUGCGGGCUCCGGGACGCGUCCUGCGCCCGCCGCCCUGGCUCUGGGACACUGUGGAGCCCAACCUCCCGGCUCUGCUUUGCGAACACCUGGGGAGCUUCUCUCAUGCUGAUGCCUGGCCCCUCCCAACCCCGACAUUCAGAUUUAACAGUCCGGGAUGCAGCCUGAGCGUUGGAAAUUUUAAACCACGAGAAGUCCCGGCGCGCGCGUCUAGUCGCCAAGAUCGAAUCCCCAGCUCCUUAAAUCCACCUGCGCGAGAGAGCAGGAAAAGAGUCCCGGCCCACGCGGCGCGGGGGCGAGCGGCGGCCCCACCUCCGGCAGCCGGGAGACCUCUCCCGCCUGCGCCCGGAACAAACACCUGAACUAGGCCGAGCCGCGAGCCAGGUACGCGGGUGCCUGAGGCGGACAAGGUCAGCUUCUCGGCCGGCAGCCAAGCACCUUUCUGGUCUGUCUUUCUAUAUAGGUGGCAGCCAGAACAUGUCUUCCACACGGCAGUCAGCAAAGAAAUUCCUCAUUUUCUUAGGAAAAUUGCUGUUUACUUUUGUGGAGGCAAUGAUUUUUGGCUUACUCCCAAAGCCACGGAAGAACGUUGCUGGUGAAAUAGUCCUGAUCACAGGGUCCGGCAGUGGCCUCGGAAGGCUCUUAGCCCUGCAGUUUGCCCGCCUGGGAUCUGUGCUUGUUCUCUGGGAUAUCAACACGGAGGGGAAUGAGGAGACGAGCAGGAUGGUUCAGGAAACCGGAGCCACACGAGUGCACGCCUACACCUGUGACUGCAGUCGGAGAGAAGACGUGUACAGGGUGGCCGAUCAGGUUAAAAAGGAAGUUGGUGAUGUCUCUGUCCUAAUCAACAAUGCUGGAAUCGUAACAGGGAAAAAGUUCCUCGACUGCCCCGAUGAGCUUAUGGAAAAGUCAUUUGAUGUAAAUUUCAAAGCACAUUUAUGGACUUAUAAAGCCUUUCUCCCUGCUAUGAUUGCAAAUGAGCAUGGACAUUUGGUUUGCAUUUCAAGUUCAGCUGGUUUAAUUGGAGUAAAUGGGCUGGCAGAUUAUUGUGCAAGUAAAUUCGCAGCCUUUGGAUUUGCUGAAUCUAUGUUCGUAGAAACAUUUGUUCAAAAACAAAAGGGAAUCAAAACCACAAUUGUGUGCCCAUUUUUUAUAAAAACUGGAAUGUUUGAAGGUUGUACUACUGGCUGUCCUUCUCUAUUGCCAAUUCUGGAACCAGAAUAUGUGGUCAGAAAAAUAGUCGAUGCUAUUCUGCAAGAAAAACUUUACUUGUACCUGCCAAAGUGUAUCUACUUCCUGAUGUUUUUAAAAAGCAUCUUGCCCGUCAAGAUGGGACUGCUCAUAGCUGACUAUGUGGACAUCUUCCAUGCAAUGGAUGGCUUCACUGGCCAGAAGAAGAAAUGCUAAAGAGAAGCUCGUGACUGACAUCAUCUGAUCUCCAACAUUACGUAUUGCAUGUUUCAAUGAACAAAAGUAUUUUUGUGCGACAUAGAAUAUAUCUGGAGGCCACAAGUACCAUUCUCAGUCUGUUAUCCAGACUAGAAUUUUCAACCAAUAUAAAAAAUAACGUUUCUAUCAUCU